CCUCAAGCGCCUUCCGGCGUAGCCCUCACGCGAGCCAUCAGGUGUGUAGCUUGUUGAGCGGCUUUGUCCUGAUCACAGAGAGCGUCAUCCGGCGCUCGCCCCCUCCGUCGCUCCCCUGUUGGCCAUCUCGGCUGAGUGGCUCCUGCGAUGUUUUCCUGGUUUCGCAGGGGCAACAAUGAGGCCAAGAAGAGGACGGCUGUGUCGAUAUACCACUACCAGCUCUCGGACGUGAAGAGCCUCCGCGCUGAGGUGGUGGUGCUGCCCAAUGGCAACGUCGAGUGCACCUUCAUUGCAUCCCAUGACGACCUGGUAAGGGGCACACACCAUGCUCAUGCACAAGUCGGCCUUGUGUGGUCACCCUCUUGUCCUGUGUGUGUUGUCAUGUCAUGUGACGUCAGUUGCUUCACUGGGGGGUCCAGUGGCCUCACUCGCACUGGGAGUACCCGCCCUGCCCCCUCCCGCCCAACUCACGGUCGCACCAUGGUCGGGCCAUGCAGAGCAAGCUCAAGCGCAACGCCGACGACAAGCACCCCGACAAACCUGCCGUCACCGUCACUUUCACACCGCCAGACAUCCCACUCGCCGCUGUCUGGGCCGUGCAGGACCGCUCAUCACGCGACUGGUACGCCUACACCCACUCGACAAUAGUGCAGCAUUCCUACGCCCUGAUUCGUGUGUGCAGGUACAACAAUCACCAGAGGAACUUCGUGUGUCCGCUCAAGGAGGGCGUGUCGGCUGAGGGGGCCGUGGAGCCCGCCGGCGUCAAGAAGGAGGUCAGGUGGGUAGAGCAGAAGGUCAAGUCGGCGCGUGUCGAGGCGCUGGGGCGCGCCACCCCUCCCCGGACGAACGUGGUGCCCGCCACCAGUGGCGCGAGCCACCACCACGGGCCGGACGAGUCGUCGCCUACGAUGAGCGAGAAGGAGAGGGCGUGGGUGAAGCUCGAGGACCCCGCCAAGAGGGAGAGGGCCCUGCUGCCCAAGAACGACAAGAUUAUCGUCUCCAAACCUCUCACCCUCUGCUUGCCCCCCGACGUCAGAUCCAUAGCCAACGGAUACACCAUCAAGCCCGAACCGGUAUGCAGCAACACACACUCGCACACACGCAGAGUGUGGUCGUCGCUCAUCGGUUCUUUGUGCUUGUUGUUUUGUGGGCAGAUGAUCGACCUGAAGCCGCCCACACCGAAGCCCACCCACAAGCGGACCCACUCGCACACCCAUACGCCCACACAGCCGCCCGUGAGCGCGUCAGCGGACAGCCUGCAGAAGGAGAUGGCCCUCCACUGCAAAGCCCCACUCGCCGAGCGAUGCCGCUUCUCCAUCACAUACGAGGGCGCCACCAUGCCCUCGGCCAUCGGCGCCAAGCAAGGGGCCUCACUGGUCAUCGUCGCCCCGUCUGCCGGCGAUCGGUCGCCUUGUGAUGCGUAUCGGUUUGUGAUCCUGACGGACUACUUGCCUGAGAGUCGGCUGUUUUUGCACUGGGGUGCGAGGUUCGACGACAGCGGUGACGCGUGGCAGACGACGCCCGAGAGCUACUGGCCCGAGAGGACUAGGGAAGACAUGGGAGGUGAGACGGAUCCAGAGGGAGGGAGAGGGAAAGAAGCGAUGGCAUAGUGAUGGUUUUGGUGUCAUGUUUGUUGUGCGUCAGCCAUAGAGAGUGACUUCUUUGGUGGCAAGAACGUUGGCGUACUCAAGAUAGAAUUCGAGCUGCCGGUAAGCGAAACACCGACCACAUACUCCUCCCUAUCUAUGUAUGCCCCCCCAUGUUCUCUUCUUCUCUUCCCGCAGCUGCCCCACGGCGACCACUCGCAUUGGGUAAAUCAGAUCCAGUUUGUCCUCAGAGACGGGUGGCGGUGGAUGAAGAACGGUGACAAUGACUUCACCCUAGACAUCUCGAGACCCUCAGGACACGGGCACCAUGAAGGACCGCCACAGCGCAGGGCAUCCUCACGCACCGACACCCACCAUGCCGAUACCCACCAGCAGCAGCAGGAGGAUGUGGCUGAGCAGCAGCAGCAGCAGCAGCAGUCGGUGCGCGCGCGCACCCCGCCCCCCGCCGUCAAGAUGCCCGAUGCCGUCCCGCCAGCUGCGAGCAACUUCUCCGGCUUCAGCGCAGUGCCCCUUACGCAUGGGGCCAACCACCACGACGUCGAGAACUUUCAACACACCUCCGGAUGGCUCGGUGAGGGGGAACAACGAGACAGGAGAGAAAGGAAUCCGACAACCUUUCCCCAUUCAUGUGUUGGGUGUGCCUUGCCUGUGUCAAUCCAAUCAGUUGACACCAUUUGCCAUCGCGAGAACGAGGCGCGUCGUUCGCUGAUGCACCGCUUCACGAUCCUGAACGAGCAGAUGCGCAACAUCCGGGACAACAGCGGCGGGCUGACGCCGCCCCAGUGGCACUUCCGGCAGAACCUGCUGUGCCUCAUGGCGUGGGCGAGGUACUACGCCGUGCGGCAGCUGGUGUGGAACCACAACUACAACGUCAAGCCGCGGGAGAUCAGCUCGGCACAGGAGGCCCUCAUCUACACGUGUGCUGACAUGUAAGCCGACAACAAACACCCACACAGGCACUCACCUAUUGGCAGCGGUGGAUACGUAAAUGGAUUGUAUUUUGUGAUCGUGUCUGUUGCCGUUGUGAUAACUCAGCUUCAAGUCGUUGAGCUGUGGUGACGAUUUGUCGGUUGAGUGCCGCGAGGUGCUGCGGCUGUUCUUCAGACAGAUCGGCCGGGGAGGACAGGGCAACCAGGUGGGUGGGUGGAUGGGCGAGGGCCGGGGAAGGAAACACUAGACAAGUGCGGAAAUGCUGUCUGUCUGUCUGUCUGUCUCAUAUUCGCAUCAGGGUCAGCGCAUCCGUGACGAGAUUCUGGUCCUGCAGCGCGAAACGGACACCAAAGGAGGUGUGUAAUGCGCCACACCGCACCGCGCCACGCCCACAUUCAUCCAUCUUUCCAUCUGUGUCUGCGUGUGGGUGCUGAUGUAUUGUAUGCAGGCAUGAUGGAGGAGUGGCACCAGAAGAUCCACAAUAACACCUCCGCCGACGACAUCGGCAUCUGCCUCGCCCUCCUCGCUUACGCCCAGGACCUCGACAUCAACAAAUACUGGGCCACGCUGCAACAACACGGCAUCGACCGCAACAGGCUCGCCUCAUACGACCGGGCCAUCUGCAGCGAGCCACACUUCAGGAAGGACCAGCAGCGGGGCCUCAUCGACGGGCUCACACGAUACCUCCGCACCCUCAAGGCCGUCCAUGCGGGCGCUGACAUGGAAGCCGCAGCAACACGGUAUUCCCCCACGCACAGACAGCGCAACGCACCUAAAGCGAAACGAUCUCUCGCUCUGUCUGGCUGUUUGCAGCAUGUUGGGGUACGACGCUGGCGAGUGUCUGGGCAAGGUGACCAAGCAGGACCCAUCUCGGUGGCUGCAGCUGGUGCCCGACCUGGAGAUCCGUCUGCACCACCUCCUGGCCCUCCACCGCGAGAUGUCUGGGGUGAGUCAGCGGCGCCCCGACGACGCUGCUGGACGGCCGGACAGCGAGGGGAUGGUGGCCGUGACGCAGAGGCUCGACUACAUGGUGGCCGCGACCGCACUGAGGGAAUACCUCGGGUGGACCCUCCAUGAGCCAUCAGGUGGGCUCAAUCAGAGCAUCCACUCAUCUGAUUCUCUGGAUGAAUGGAUGGUCUUGUGUGUGUCAGAGCUCAAGUACCAGCAGCAGUAUCGUGUGAUUGUCGAGGACAAGCAGCGGAUGGCGGCAACAGACAGGGGCGUCAAGAGAGGGGCCGGUGGGGCCCGCAAGCAAACCGACGUUGCGGCCGUGUGGAGCCAGGGGAACGUCGAUUACGAGGGCUCUCGGCUGCGAUCGAGUUUGGGACAGGUCAAGCACGCGCUGAACGACUCGACUCUGCUGCUGGACAUACUCUUCCUUGACAUGGCACUCGAAGAUGAGGUGGGUCAGAAUCAGAGGAGGCAACGGAGGAGGUGCGGUCACCGUUGCCCGUCUGGUGUUUUCAGAUUCGCACAGCUGGUGAGGGCUGCGCCUCGUUCACGUCGAUGAACCACGGACACAACCUGUCGCCCGCAGCCAUGCAGGAACGACUCAAAGUGGUCAGUCAGUCAGCACGCGCCCCCUCACACCGAUCACCACCUACACAUAAGGAUUCUCUCUCUCUCUUAUCUCCUUCUCUCCAGGCUGUGGCCGUCUCUGAGUGGCUGAUUGUCAACACUGCCCUAACGAUGAAGAGCCUCCACACCGACGCAUCUAAGGCGCACAAGGCCGACGAGCUGCAGACCCUCGGCCACUGCCUGGGCGGCUGGCGGGCCCUCUACCGCGACCAGCCGGCGGGGCUGCAGGGCGGCCUGCGCCUCCGGGGCAUCUGCGAGCGGCUGGAGCUGUGGAUGCAGGACGAGGGGCAUCGGCUGACGUCACUGCUGCAGCCGUCUGGACAGGUCGUGGGAGAUGCGCUGCAAUGCGAUAGGUGGGUACCUGGCUGACAGAGAGUACGGGGCAUGCGUGACAUGAUCGUUCUGCGACUUUGCUGCACAUGCCAGGCACGUUGUUGGUACGUAUGCCGAGGAGCUCCUGCGCGGCUCUUUGCUAGCGGCCAUCUCGGGGAGCAUCGAACGCAUAGUGCAGGUGAGGAAGAGUCACAGACACCAUGCCAUGAUGGCCAGUACGCCACUGGAAUCCUUCCCCGGUUCGCAGGGCGGUCGUCGUGUGUUUGGCUUCUCGCCAUGGGAGUUGAUUAGUGCGGUCAAGGAUGGCGUCACGGGUGACGUCAGGGAAUGCAACAACCUCGCCGACGUACAAUUCGAGCGGUGAGCUGCAACAGUCAGGAUGUCACUUGUCAGGUCUUCAUGGGUACGUGUGUGUGUCAGGUAUGAGCAUGCGACCAUAUUGAUAGCGUGGCGCAUGACGGGCGGCGAGGAGAUCCCCAUCGGGUGUGCGUCCCUCAUCACGCCGUCAUCUGUCGACAUCCUCAGCCACUCGGCGGUGAGGUCGCACCAUAUGCGGCACGCACAAUGCACCCUGCAACCUUUUUAUUCCUCUGUGUGUGUCUGUGUGUGUUUUGCAGGUCCGCAGCCGUAAUGCGGGGGUGUUGUUGGCUUCCUGCAGCGACGAGUCGACGCUCAGGCGGCUGGUGGACGACAUCAAGGGCAAACGGCAACACCACGAGAGCGUUCAUGCCAGGUGAGGGGACACAAACAACACACACGGCAUAACACAGCACGGCACGGCCGAAUGGUUGUAUCACUCACUGUCGGCCUCUGCGUGUGAUGUGUGCAGUUGGUCAGAUUCCGACGGCGGUCAGAUUAUUUUUCAUCCCUGCGCCGGACAGCCGGCCCACAAGUCGGACAACACCAACAACGCCGCCCUCUUCGCCGGUCUUACUAGAAGAGACCUCCAGGUAACGAUGACAGACAACACAUCCAAACACCCAGACAACCGAACCACACAUCUUCUCGCCCCCUCUCUGUGUGUCUGUCCGUUGCAGAAACCUCGCGUCCCCAAGCUGCCCCUCGGCUGCACGCCCCAUUUCCCCCCUCUCGGCGAGGCCCUGGCGGCCCACCUGCUCCCGCUCAACGCCCAGUUCAGCAAACAUGAGCUGCUGGGGGCCAAGGCGAGGAACCUUCACACGCUGGCCUCGACGGUCGGCACCCGGCUGCCCACGCCGGCGUCGGUGUCGCUGCCUCUGGGUGUGUGCGAGGAGGUGGCCAUGACGGACUCGGCCAACCGCAAGGCCUGGGAUGAGGUCAGACGGCUGGAGCCGAUCGUCAUCGAGAAACUGCACAAUGGAGAUGUGAGCACUAACGAGAGAGAAGAGGGGAUCGGUCCUGCAUGAGUGUUUUGUUCUUUUUUGGGUUUUAGAAUUGUUCCGACGAGCUCAAGACUCUUCGCAAGCUGACGCUGUCCCUGUCGGUGCCGUCUGCGGCCCAGCUGUGCAAGAGCAUCCUCUCCCACCUCAACGUGCAGCCCGUCAGCGACACCCGCGCCCUGGGCAACCACCUCUGGAAGGCCAUCAAGGAGGUCUGGGCGUCCAAGUACAACGACCGCGCAGUCAUCGGCUGCUACCGGGCCGGCAUCGACCCCAUGGGUGUCCGGCUGGCCGUCCUCAUCCAGCCGAUCGUCCCGGCCGUCGUGGCCUUCGUGCUGCACACGCGCCAUCCCGGGAUGGAGCACGACGCCCACGACUGGGUGUAUGGCGAGGCGGUGCAGGGGCUCGGUGAGGCGCUCGUGUCCAACGAGCCUGGCCGGGCGCUUGGGUUUGCGGUGCGCAAGUCGAACCCGAGGGAGGUGAAGGUGACGUCUUGGUGGAGCAAGCGGAAGGCGCUGAGGGUGCAGAAACACAAUGUGGGGGGGCAGGACGCGCCCACCUUCAUCUGCAGGUGAGACAGUGAGAGUGAGGGAGUGGGAUACGUGACAAACAAACAUGGCGGGAGUGGAGUGCACCAUUCUGCUGUUGGUAGGUCUGACUCCACUGCUGAGGAUUUGGAGGGCCAUGCGGGAGCAGGCCUCUAUGACUCUAUCAUCGCCCCUGAGGUACACACCACACCCAAACAGACACGGGACACUCCCAAAACCCUCAUCGUCUUUCUGCUCUCUUGUUUUCAGGGCGGCGUCUCGUGGGAUAUGGUCGACCUGACGAAGGAGCCCUUCCGCGACCCACAGCGCAGCCCCGGCCCCCUAGUGGGCCACGCCGCCCUGCCCAUGACACUUGAUGAGCUAGCGGGGAAGCUGUGCGACGUGGCCAAGACAGUUGAGGAGAGCUGCCACGGUCGCCCGCAGGACGUAGAGGGGGUCGUGACGGAGACGGGCGAGGUGGUGAUUGUGCAGACCAGGCCACAGGUGGGCAUCUAGUGCCUGAGAGGGGGAGGGGGUUGGGUGGGUGGUGCUAGGUUGGUUGGUUGAUAGUGAUGUUUGGGCGGGCUGGCUGGGGAAGGAGGGAGGGGAAGAGCCGAGGGUCAGAGAGAGCAGAGAGUGGUGGUGUGAGCGGCAGAUAAUUCACCCUGACCACACCACACCACAUGUGGGCCCUCUUUUUCCCUCUGCAAGCUUGCUAGUGUCUUCAUCGGUAAGGGGAAACGACCGAGGGAGGGAGGGUCGAUUGCAUGGCUUCAUGAGUGUGUGUUCCUAUGAUGAUGCCGAUGCUGAUGCCUAACUAUGACCUAUGAAAUAUGUUGUGUGUGCGUGUGUGUGUGCGUGUGUGUGUGCGUGUGUGUGUGCGUGUGCAUUUGAGUGCAAUAUUGCCUUCUUGGGGCCGGCUGGCUCUCUCGCGAGCAGCAAGUUUUGGAGAGCCCCUGGUGCUCUGGCGUGGUGUGGUGUGGCGUGUGCUGUGUCGUGUUGUCUAUGUACUUUUUAAAACCAAUUCCAUGCACCGCCGUCUGUCUGUCCGCUAUCCAUCCACAAAACACGGUGCCUUCGUCCAUUCAUUCCUUCAUGUGUGUGCAUGUGUGUGUUGCAUGUGUGCGUAUUUUUUACUUCUUAUGCAACCAGCUGUCCGCCUGUCCGCCUUGUCUGUCUGCCUGGCUGUUUUGUGGAUGAUGCAUUCCCGUCGUUCAUUCAUUCGUUGACUCACGUGUCGAUACUUCACCCCGCGUCCGUCUGUUCGCCUGUUGGACCGUUGGUCCGCCUGUCUGUGCACGCGCCAUUCUCAGGGUGGGUGUACAAAGCAACCAAGGUGGGAGGGGCGUGGCUGCUUCGAGAAGGAUGGUAAUACGGUGUCCUUCUCGCCUGGCAUGUGGGUCGCCCACGUGUGUGUCUUUGUGGAUCCAUCCAUCCAUCCAUCUCACUCACUCACUCACUCAGCAUGGCCGAGAUGGGAUCCACACGUCAGAGAGAUUUUGUGUGCACCACACUGACUGCGGGCGAAUCACUGAGGAGGGAGGGGGAGCAUCGCGUGAAGAGGGACGAACAACACUUGCUUAUAGGCCAUUCGAGCGAUCGAUGACACAUGCAUGCAUACAUACAGGUGGCUGGCUGGAUUAGAGAGCUUCUCGACUGUGCUGACUUCUGCUGGACGAGAGCCUUUUUUUGCCAUAUUGCAUUGCAUGAUGAUGCGUUCUCUUUCAUCGGCUUCGCCCGCCUUACCACCUACCUGCCUUCCAGCCUGGCUCGCGAGUUGGGCCGCCUACUUCUAUCUAUCUCCAUCAAUGGCUCUUUUAUAACCCUAUGACCCUAUACUUACUGCCUGCAUACCGACCCAUAUCAUCUUACAGAUGCCCAUGCACUGAUCCUCAUCUCUUUCAAGCGAGGGAGCUCAUCAGACAGACGCCAAUUGCAAUGUCCGUUUGUCGGUCGAUCGGUCGGCUGGAUGCUUUUCCUUCCCCUUUGUCUUUCUCUUCUUCUUUUUAUUGUGACUAUCCUUUCUCGUCGUCGUGGGUUACUUGGUUGUGUUGGCUGUCGUCUGUCUGUCUGUCUGCUGGUCGGUCUGCCUGGUGCCAUCAACACGCACGCCCUCGAACAUCCGAUGAUCACAUUCACCAAAACAACCGACCUGUACAGAGCGUGCAUGGAUAAGGAGGUUAAGGUAAGGUACGUACGGUGCGGCAGACAGCUGCGUAGUGCGCGCAGGG